AUGGGGAAGCGCAGCCAUGCGGAGCCGACAGAGCUCCGGCCGAAGAAGAAGUCUAAGGCUGAUAAGCAAUCCAAAGACAAGAGCAGCAAGGAGGAAAACGGAAGUUCCGACUCUUCCAAGAAAACAUACACUCAAGCCUCUGCGCUCAGUGAUCUCCCGCAAUCUCAGAUUGAUCAAUUCCUCGAAGAAAAGGUCAUCAAGAUCACCGACACCUCGGCCGAUGCACCUGGUUUCCGUCCCCUCCUUUCGUUUGACUACUUGCCUCCCUGCGACGGUGACCUUUAUGCCCCAUUGAAGUCCUUCCCGGCUCCGACCUCAAUUCAAGCCGUCACUUGGCCCCUUCUCUUCGCCGGCCGCGAUGUGAUCGGUAUCGCAGAAACCGGCAGUGGUAAGACCCUGGCCUUUGGUUUGCCCUGCCUCAAAAAGAUUAUGGAUUCCAAGAAGAGCAAAAAGGAUUACCACCCAACUGCGGUGAUCAUUUCGCCCACUCGAGAACUUGCCUCGCAGAUUUAUGACCAGCUCGUCAAGUUCGCCGAUGUGGCCGAGGCUGGUGUGACCUGUAUCUAUGGAGGUGUGCCCAAGGAUGAUCAACGAAAGGCUCUGAAAACAGCCGCGAUUGUUGUUGCCACUCCGGGUCGUUUGAAGGAUCUCCAGAAUGACGGUUCUGUCGAUCUCGGAAAGGUGAAGUAUCUUGUUCUGGACGAGGCAGACCGUAUGUUGGAUAAGGGAUUUGAGCAAGAUAUCAAGGAUAUCGUCGCACCCAUGCCAGUCUCCAGAAGACAGACAGUCAUGUUCACAGCAACUUGGCCCAAGUCAGUUCGAGACCUGGCUGCUACUUUCAUGAGUUCCCCAACCCUUCGGGCCAAUACCAGAAUCAAGCAGGAUGUUGAGGUUAUGGAUGGUCGGGACAAGGAGAACCGACUUAUUCAACUGCUGAGCCGUUCUCAGAAGGGUUCGAACCCUGAGAAGGUCCUGGUAUUUUGUUUGUACAAGAAGGAAGCGAUGCGAAUUGAAAGACUCAUCAAUAUGAAGGGAUUUAAGGUCGCUGGAAUCCAUGGUGAUCUGAACCAAACAGAAAGAUUCCGCAACCUUGAAGCUUUUAAGAGCGGCGCGGCAACUGUCCUUGUCGCAACCGAUGUCGCGGCUCGAGGACUGGAUAUUCCCGCGGUGAUGCUCGUUAUCAAUGUCACUUUCCCUCUUACUGUUGAGGAUUAUGUCCAUCGUAUUGGCCGGACUGGACGAGCUGGUGCCACUGGCCAUGCUAUUACAAUGUUCACAGAGCAGGACAAAGCUCUCUCGGGCGGGUUGAUCAAUGUGCUCAAGGCCGCCAAGCAGGAUGUUCCAGAAUCUCUGCUGAAGUUUGGAACCACUGUCAAGAAGAAGCAGCACGACGCCUACGGUGCUUUCUUCAAGGAUAUUGGAACGGAUAAAAAAGCGACCAAGAUCACAUUUGACGAUUAA